UUAUUUCCAUUUAAGAAUCACUACCAUAUCUCACACCCUCUACCCUUAGGGCAUUUUCCCAAGGGACAGGAGCACAUUUGGAGUCCUCCAAAAUCCAGUUGACUGUGCUUAGGACAGAGCCUGGCACUUAGUAAACACGAUCUAAAUUUAUUUCCCAUCCAGGCUGCCUCUUGAGGUCCCAGUUCAGCCAAAGAGAGCCUCCUACAAAUAUAAACUCCCAGGACUGAUAGGGAAGAGGGUGCUGACCAGCAGGAGCUGAGCUGAUUUGAAAACAGCAUUUCCAAUGAAUGCAGAUGACAGAAAAGACAAUCAUGGCUCUGUGGAGGAUUGUUUGAGGCUUCCCUACCCUCUCCUGGUAGAGAUGGGGGCUAGAGUAGAAUUUCUUCACAGCGUCAGAAAAUUUUUUUAUAGGGUUCUUUUUGUUUAAUUUUGUUGUUACAAAGGAGGGUUCCAUCUCGGGUAAGAGAGGUUAUUAUUUCCAAGAAGACCAGGGUGUAGCACAAAAGGCAUCAAUAAAACUUUUUUCUUUUUCUUUUACUUUCUUUUUACUCCAAUCACCUGUAAAAACGUUUCCAACUUUUUAAAAACAAUUUUGAGUAUUAGUAAAACUUAUAUGUAAAAAAUAGAUACAUUCUAGAGCGUCUAGCUCUGGUUGAGCCCAGUUCAGGAAAAUGAAACUGAUACAGACUCUCUUAUGGAGGAAUGUCCUGGGGUGGAGUUAAGGCAGAAAUAAAGUAGUAAAGUCCUCAGCCACUUGACCACUGAGCUUUCAGUUUCCUCACUCUCUCAGCACAGGCUAUGGACAACAUUCAGGACAGGCUGUGGAAUACCCAAGCAAGGGACCUGGACAGGUACAUUGAGGAGUACCUCUUGCCUAAUACCAUUUUCCGGACAGAGAUCAGAUGUGCCAUUGACAUCAUCUGCUCCUUCCUAAAGGAGAGAUGCUUCCAAGAUCUUGGAAAGUCGGUUCGGGUGACCAAGGUUGUGAAGGGAGGUUCAUCUGGCAAAGGCACAGCCCUGAGAGGAUGCUCCGAUGCAGACUUGGUGGUAUUUCUCAGCAAUCUCAAAAGCUUUCGGGACCAGAUAGAUCACCGAAAUGAGUUCAUUGAGGAAAUUAAGAAACAGCUGAAAACAUGUCAGCAUGAGCAAGGGUGGAAGUUUAAAGUCAAGUUUGAGGUCAAUUCCAGGGCCAACCCUCGAGUGCUCAGCUUUACUCUGAAGUCAACCAAGAUCAGUCAGUGGGUGGACUUUGAUGUGCUUCCAGCCUUUGAUGUUCUAGGUCAACUGACCACAGACUUCAGGAAACCUGACCCCCAGAUCUACAUCAAUCUCAUAAGAGAAUCCCAGACAGCAGGAGAAUUCUCUACCUGCUUCACAGAACUACAGAAGCAAUUCCUCAGCCAGAGAUGCCCCAAGCUCAAAAGUCUGAUCCGAUUGGUGAAACACUGGUACAAAAUGUGCAAGGAGAUAAUGGACUCCCUCCCUCCUCAAUAUGCUCUGGAGCUCCUGACUGUCUAUGCUUGGGAGCAUGGGAGCCAGGAAACUAGAUUUAUCACAGCCCAAGGCUUCCAGACAGUCCUAUACCUGAUCCAGAAAUACCAAGAACUCAUGAUCUACUGGACCAUCAAUUAUGACAUUGAUAAUGAGGCCAUUACGGAUUACCUCUGUCGUCAGCUGCGGAAACACAGGCCAGUGAUCCUGGACCCAGCUGAUCCAACUGGUGAUGUGGGAGGUGGAAGUCGAUGGCGCUGGGACAAGCUGGCACAAGAAGCUCAAAGGUGGUCAUCUGCCCCUUGUUUUCAAAACUAUGAUGGGACCAGGGUAGAGCCAUGGAGAGUGCCGGUGGAGCAGACCCUGGAAGCCAGCAAGGUCUUGAACCUAAUCAACAAGCCAUAGCUACAGGCAGACAUGCAUCAUCUUCAGAAUCCUCCACACCAGGAUGCAAUGUUUGGGACCCUAUAACACCCCCCUCCCCAUAACAGGGUCAGGACACGCCUGUUUUGUUUCUGCUUCUGGAAUAUGUGUUUGGAUUAGUGGAGAGAAUGCUAAUGUGCCCCAGAAGUGUGUGUGUGUGUGGGUGCAAGUUGGCUUACAUUCUUCAUUCUUUGGAGGGACACCCAUGAAGUUCCAGAUUCUCUUUGAGGAGAAACCCCUGGAGAAAGAGAGAAGACAUUUGGAAUGACAGCUGUGAAAGGGAAACUGACUUCUCAGUGUGCCCCUGAUUGGGAGCUCACUCCCCUCAUCUUUGGGAAAUUGCCUUUUAGGGGAGGCUGGGACCACCCUACGGGUGAGCUCCAAGAUCUUCUUCCCAGUGGGAGAGCUCCUUUACUAUGUAUCUCCUGCCAUAUUUAAAUCUGUAUGGUUUUCUGAUUUCUGUUUGCUAAUUAUUUGAAUAAAUGGAUUUAUCAGCUGAA